AUGUCCGCCCCGGCAGAGGUGCGAUCGCGUUCGUCGUCGUCGUCGUCGUCGUCCACGCCGCGCCCCGCGCGCGACGAGAUCCCGUCGUCUCGUCCUCUCUCGCGCCCGCCCUCCCCUCCCGCUGACCGACGCCGCCGUUCCCCGCAGGCGCCGAAGACCGAAGCACCGCCCGCGGAGAGGGUGAUCACCACGGAGCUCAUACAAAAGUACCUCGACGAGAACCAGAGCCUCAUCCUCGCCAUCUUGGAGAACCAGAACGUCGGCAAGCUGAGCGACUGCGCGACGUACCAGACGCGGUUGCAGCAAAACUUGAUGUACCUCGCCGCGAUCGCGGACGCGCAGCCGUCGCAGAACGCGGCGGCGGCGGCGGCGGCGGCCGCGCCAAAGUGA